UGCUCCUCCAGCUCCUCUUUGCAGAGCUGCCGUGCCCGGCUGGAGCCAGCCAGUUCUCCAAGUGGGAACUGCCGCUGACCAUGAAUACAAAUUUUCAUUUUGGAAAAAUUCUCUUUAGCAACACUACUAUUUUCCUAAAGUUUAGUGGCAAUGAAAGCGCCUGUGAUCCUUCUCAAAGUUACACUGUAAGCUGGUACUUAAGAUACUCCUAUUGCUACAAUGAAGUCUUCAAUUUCGGGGAUGAACAGGCAAAUAUAUAUUUUAAAAGCACUUCAGAACAACAUCCAGGUUGGGCAGGAUACUACGCUACGGCUGAUCUCCACUUCUCUAAUUGUAGUGAGCUUGUCAAGUCACAGAAUUUCUACAGUGAAUUUGUUCAUCCAGCCCCCUUAGGGAGUAAAGAGGAUGGGAAAGAGAAUGGAACAAACACUACUGUCGUAGAAAAUUCUGCAAUGAAUGCUGUAAUGCAAACAUGGAAAGAUGGGCCAUAUAUCUUUAUUGUAAAAGUUUAUAUUUCAUCUUCAAAGGAGGGAGUGAAUAUUAAAGGAACACAUGAAGAAUUGCCAAAUGUUAUGGCUCCUUCCGAUCAACCCAAAGCACCAUUAACAAUGACUGUGGAAGUGAUUGGACCAUAUGAAUACCUUUCUCUAUCAGAUUAUCCUCUUAUGAUUUUCUUCAUGGUGAUGUGUAUUGUAUAUGUGUUGUUUGGCGUUCUGUGGUUUGCGUGGUCAGCCUGCUACUGGCGGGAUCUACUAAGGAUACAGUUUUGGAUUGGUACAGUUAUCUUACUUGGAAUGUUGGAGAAAGCGGUAUUUUAUGCAGAAUUCCAGAAUAUUCGCCAUACAGGAAAAUCUGUCCGAGAGGCACUAAUCCUGGCUGAGCUACUUUCCGCAUUGAAACGCUCCCUUGCUCGAAUUCUUGUUAUCAUAGUGAGUCUGGGAUAUGGCAUAGUGAAACCUCGUCUGGGAGUCACUCUUCAUAAAGUAAUUGCAGCUGGAGCCCUUUAUUUGUUAUUUUCUGGCAUGGAAGGUGUCCUCAGAGUCACUGGGGCACAGAAUGAUCUUGCCUCCUUGGCUUUUAUUCCACUGGCUUUCCUAGAUACUGCCCUCUGUUGGUGGAUAUUUAUCAGUUUAACUCAAACAAUGAAAUUGCUGAAGCUCAGGAAGAAUGUUGUGAAGCUCUCUCUUUACCGACACUUCACCAAUACACUCAUCUUGGCAAUAGCAGCAUCUAUUGUUUUUAUCAUCUGGACAACUUUGAAAUUCAGACUGAUGGAUUGUAAGUCGGAUUGGCAAGAGCUAUGGGUUGAUGAUGCCAUCUGGCGGCUGUUAUUCUCAAUGAUUCUUUUUGUCAUCAUGAUUCUUUGGAGGCCAUCUGCCAACAACCAGCGGUUUGCUUUUUCACCAUUGUCUGAAGAAGAUGAGGACGAUGAACAGAAAGAGCCAAUGCUGAAAGAGAGCUUUGAGGGCAUGAAAAUGAGAACUUCAAAACAAGAAUCAAAUGGAAAUCCUAAAAACAACAAAGCACAAGAAGAUGAUUUGAAAUGGGUAGAAGAGAAUGUUCCUUCUUCUGUGACUGAUGUAGCUCUGCCAGCAUUACUGGAUUCAGAUGAGGAAAGAAUGAUCACACACUUUGAAAGAUCCAAGAUGGAAUGAAAGAUGAAACAACUUGCAGCAAAAGCUGUCUUACUGUUUGAGAAUGGAAGAAACUUUGUCUAUUUGGCAAUGUUCCAGUGCUGCUUUCUCUGAUAUGUUCCAUGAACUUUGGAACCACUGAUUAUUAUCAGAGGGAAUUUUUUUGUGAGGUCAGCAUGGAGGGAAUUUUGGUCAUGAAAAAUUUGCAUUUGCACUGUUUGCUGCCGGUGUGCUAUUUAAACUAUGGAAAUGUCUUUUAUUGCAGCAAAUUCUUUUAAAGUAAUACAGUUAAAACAUUUAACAAUUGGCAGAGCAACUUUUAAUUCAACACUAGAUCUAAAUCCCAUGAUUUAACUAUAAGGGGGUGGGAGAAAAUAAUAAGUUUCUUCAAGCCAGUAAGGAUGAACCAUGUGCAGAAGUUUCUUCAAACAAGCCAAAAGUGACCUCUGCUUGUAGAUAAUUUCCAGCAUGGUACGUUCAGUAAGAUGUUGCACUUAACUCCAGUAUCCAUUACUUGAGACUGUAAAUGGGGUGGGGUGAGGGUCAAUUCCUAUCUCCAUCCACUUUUCUUGGAAGACUUGACACCGUCAGAGCUGACAGAAACAUCAUCCCAUCUGUAAAUGUGCUUUGCAUACAAAAACAUGUAUGCAACACUCUGUCGUGUGUGAGAAAUCUGUGAAUCAGGAUCAGUGCCUUUUCUCUUAGAAGCAGUAACUAUUGUCUGAAGAUUCUGCUGUCUGGUUAGGAAAAUAAGAGAGUUUUUGAAGGAAAACCUUUGCUUAUGGAAAACUCCAAUAGAAGUAUUUGGGAGAAAUUAUGAUGCUUAAUAUUUUUUAGCAAAAUUAAGUGCACUUUUUUCAUUCCACAGCAUAGAAAAAUGUUUUCAAUUUAAUGUAUUUAAAACCAAUUAUUACUUAAUCCCAGGUGUGUUGCUAUCUCAUUGCUGGCAAUGAGGUCUGAGCGGUUAACUAUUUGAAUUGGAACAGUAAUUGAAUUGAAAACACCAUUGAACCUCAUAGCAGUUACCAACUAUCCCUAUUUCCAUGUUAAAAUUAUGCUAA